GUGAGUAAGCAAGCCAGGUCACGAUGUCGGUCACGAUGCACCACUGAGGUCACCGGCCCUCGUAGCCCAUGGGGGGCCACACGGCCUCAAAGGUUGUUCUCAGCUCAGCCAUCUAUGCAUCGUCAGCACCAAAUCGUUUGCCCAUGCUCGAACUCGACCCCACAGCAGAGUUUAGCCCUGCUGAUUUUGAUCUCGAUUUCGAGGCAUCGCAGCUUAGAUCUAACACCUUAUUUUGACCACACUGCAUCCAAGGUCAUACGACCACGUGAGAGGAAUGCCGACGCCAAAUAGUCCCCAAAGCGUGUUCUGGGCUUGGCUCGCCGACACUACCGGUAAGUUUGGGAAACAACAAGGUUUGACCAAUAUUAAGUGAAGUUUCCUGAUGGCGUAGGAAGUUGUUUGAAUGGAUAGGCGUUUGUUUUAAAAACAUGAUAGAACGAAAUAGAACGCUAUUGUGUAGUUAGUUUCGUAUAUUAAGAGAUAGGUAAUUUCUCUUUCUCGUAGUAGGGGCAAUAGGGGGCCCAGAGGGAAAAGGAAAAAAACAAAAACACCAAAACCAUUGAAGCUGCGCAAUUUUUCUUCACGAAAAGGAGCCUCAUAUAGAAAAAAAAUGACCGUAGAAACUAGCAUCUCAACACCCCUCCCCGCCGGCGUGAAGCCUAGCGUCGUCGUCGCACUACUACAUAACCACGAGACGUACAUCCGAACGACAUGUCCACAACUCAUAAGUUACACCCGCAUCUCACCUAUUACCACCAAUACUAGUACUCCUACUACUACUCUCACGUUCGACCCCAACCUCGACCCCAACCCAAACCCGAGCGUCGCCCCGGUCGACGAGUCCCACAUCUUCGAAGUCACGGACCGGCGACCCAUCGGGCAGACAAGCUACCGGCUGACGCUGACGAACCGGGCGGACGGGAUCGAGGCGACGGUCGAAGGCAAGGUGCCCACGGGGUCGAUGACGAUCCGCUCGCGGUGGCGGGUGCGCGGCGACGCGGCGGGCCUGCUCGAGGAGCACAUCGACGUCGAGAGCAACAUGAUCACCCGCAAGAUGGUCAAGAGCAACAUCGAGCGGAACCACCCGGCGCACCAUCGGAGUUUUCUCGCUGAGGCCAAGGAGAAGUCUACGAAGGCGGUGGCGGUGGCGGCUACGGCGUGAUGCGAAUUUUUGAUAUUUGGAUUUUGUUCUAUGGAAGUACCUUUCUUACCUUAGGUAAGGUAAGGUAAGGUGCCUACCUAACCUACCUGGUAUUUGGUUGCGAGUUGUGAUGCGAGUUGAUGGUGUGCUUGUACGCUGAUAGAGGGGCCGAGGGUGUCUACCAAUAUGAAAAUAAAAAUUAAUUCUAGAAGGGAGGGAAGAGAAAUCAGGGAUUAGAUGAGACAAUAUAAGACACUUUUUUAGAGCCGCGGGAUGAUAAUAAGACUUUUUUUUUCGCUUGUUAAUAUGUACGUAUCUUCAUAGUUGC